UUUACCUCACCAGUCAGUUACACCAUUUCUUCAGUGGUGCACUCCCUCCUAAGAAAAAUCCUGGAUUCGCCCCUGAUAAAUCAGUUGAUCCCAUGAAGACGGCUGUAAACAAACACUGGAAUAAAAAAAGUAACGAAUCAAGAAAAACGCAAACACUAGAACAAGGCAUCAGAGACAGGUUCAAAUAGUUCAGUGCGUUUGCUUUUGUCAGGGUAUCAGGGCUGGUAGGUCUGUGGUUGGAAAGAUGACGUCAUCGAAUCUUUGCCCGUGCCAGUUUCCUCACGAUUGCAAUGAGAGAGCGGCCACAAAGCUUCCACCAAAAAAUUUUUCUUCCAAGGCCUGGGAAAAUUAUUGUUAGCGAAGCACUAUUGUGUGAAUUCUUCCGCCAAAUGCCUGACUCUGUAACAGAAGUAGCGUAAAGUUCCUUUGUUUCGGGCACAUUUUCAUGUUAUGGUAAAAUUGUGCAAAAUCAGUUUGCAGAUCCGAUCGCAAUAUCAUUUUAUUCGUACGUGCGUGGUUCUACAGUGAUUCCACUCGACAUGGAAGUGGAUGUAAGGUUACUCGUUUUAACAAUUCUUUCUGCGUCGAUAAAAGCACAAGACGACGGAGCCAAAGUUGAUUUGACAGACAAGCUUGGAAUCCACUGCCUAACAUGCCUAAGGAAUGUUUCAUCAGCUGCAUGCAGACUGUUAGACAAUGGAACGAUAUCUUGCGUCAAGUGCAAAGAGAACUUAAGAGACAACUUGCUAUGUAGUAACUGUGCAGCAGGCUUUGAUAAUAAUGAAACUACUCUUCAAGGAUCUUGUAAUGCCUGCAUGUGUAAUAUUGGUUCUAGCCAGCUUAAAGAUCCUUGUGAUAAAGGGAAUCAUAAGUGCUUUAUCUGUCGAUAUAAUGGUACAAGUUUGGACUGCAAGGGAUGUUCAGGCAAUGAUCGUGAUGUAAAUUCCUUUAUUAAGAAUUGUGUCAUGGAGAAGCACAAAGUGGAAGCAAAAAAGUCUGGGUUUUCAACAAAGGAGAAAAUCAUAGUCGCUGUUUGUACCACAUUUGGAGUUGGCUGCCUUGCUACCACUGCAUUUCUGAUCUAUCGCCAUUUCAAAAGCAGACAGUUUAGUGUUAAAAAGCCUUUCUGGACAGUAGAACUCACAAAUCGCAACUAUGAUGACCUGGACUUCUCACUCCUGGAUCCCAUAACUGACAUUCCAUUUGUUUAUCGCACAGACAUUGGUGAGUUUGACAAUGAUGCGCUGCUUGGUACAGAGAAACCACACUUGACCAUGGAGGUGGAUGGAGUGGAUGUUGUUUCUUAACGAGGAGAUCUUAGUAGUUUACUUAUACAGUAACUGUUCUAAAUACAUAUGACUUGUGUAGUUAGCUUUCUUGUUACUGUAGUUGUACUCUAUUACUCUUGUAACUGAAAGCUGUCAUACAUGUACAUGUAUGUACUGUGUAGUUUACGUAAGGGGUAAAUGCAUUAUGUUUUAACCAAAGUGAUAUAUUCAGUGGUACAUGUAUGUAUAUUUACUACAAAAUUAAUGUCAUGUGACUGAAAGGGGAGAAGGGUGGAAAGUAGUGUUUACUUUUAUGUAGUGUACACAUUCAUUUUCAUCGCCAAACCUCAAAACAUUACAAGUAUUUACAAAUGAAAUGAAACAAUAACAACACUGAUAAAGUACUUCAUCACUGAUGUCAUAAUAAACAUGUUUUUGCUCAUUCUACACAUGGCAAUUUGAACUGUGAGAGGCUGGGACAGAAUACAUGUAAUGCUGUUUAAUAUCUGAAGUUACACAAAACUUUUUUCAGUGAAAGAUCAUUUAUAACAAUUAAGAACAACUACAUGACUGUAAAUUUUAUCAACAGAUUUGUAACUGGUUGUAGUCUAUGCUUGCAAGCUAAUUAUGAAACAAAAUUUGCAAUUGGAACUCCUGUUACAAUACCGGCAUGCAGGAUUUCUACAAGGGAAGUUGAAAUUCAAAAAGGAGUUUCUUGAUUUAAAUUUUGUUGUACAGGAAAUAAUUACUUGUGAGAUAAUACUACUAAUUCUUCCUAUUUAGGUUGCAGGUUGGUUAAGCUGAUUGUACAUGUAUAUUUUAUUUUUAAUUGGUCAUGUUAUUUCUCACACUUGAAAUAUUUAUUUUUAGCGGUAAUAUUUUUAUUGUAAUUAAGAAAUAAGGGUUCCGAAAAAAGAAGACUUAGAUCACAUCGUGAAAUUCAAGCUGUAUGUUAAACGCUUUUUGGUUAAAAGUGUAGAGAACGGGACAAUAAGUGCUUUCUUCACCAACACCUAUGCUUUUUUUCAGUCACGUUUUCGGUUGAUAUUUAAAACAGCUACUGGACAUGUCGUUCAGCUGUCGGUAGCAGUAGUAGUUCCUUUAUUUAUAAGCUGUUAACAGUCAGCAUAAGUUAAAACUAGUCCCAUUAAAAGUGAUUAAAACGGUUUAACAUUGAAAUGUCUCCUUUGUUGGCUCCAUUUAUAGUGCAGUACGUGAUCACGGGAACAAUAACAGCGUUUGGGAAUCUUCGUUGAAACCAUCGUAAAGUGUCGGAGUUUUAGUAUCCAAUGAACCACUGAACAACUCAAGAGCGCUCGGAAUAUUGUCGUAGUGCGAUCAGUUGCUUAGCAACCAGAUAUUGCAACAUGAAAUAAGCUGGUGACUGAGAGGUGGGAAUAGUGUGGAACAAGAGAAGGUGGAAGGGGUGGAGUACGUCUCUUGGAUAAAGCAGUCAUACUUCUUCAUUUUCUUCGCGUGAUUACAGAUGGAUAUUUAUCUCAAAAUCAAAAUCACGGUUCCAGGAAACAAAGGGGAAACUUACCCACCGGAGAGUAAUUUUCACUGAUCCAUAUUUUAUUAGCUCCGUCUUUCUA